GUACUAAAAGCCCAUUGAACGCGUGAUAACAGGCCAAUAUGAGUGAAUUGGAAGAACUUGUCGGCUUCCUUGACAAUUCUAGACCAGAGGUUCGGUCCACGGCGGCAGAGAUUGUUUCUGGGCUUACUGCGUCACCCGAUGGUAUAGAAAAGCUGAAAUCGCUGCAGCGCCCGCUGGUCACCAAGCUGUUCCGGUCCGUGGGACUCGGGGGGGAUGCAUCCCGCAAGUGCCUGGUCGCGCUAGUGAACCUGUCACAAGACCCAUCCCUGGCGGACCUGAUGCUGGAGCUAAAUGUCGUCAAUCGCGUGAUGGAGCUGGUUCGGGAGGGCUCCUCGCCCCACGUCGACCUGCUGACCAGCGUUCUGGCCAACGUCACCAUCAGCGAGGGCGGCUCCCGGCAGUUGCUGCAGAUCGGCCAGGGCAACAUGGAGGGACUCCACAUGGCGGUGCUGCUGAAGAAGUUUGUGGUGGGCGGCAUCACGCUCAGCCCGGGCGAGUCGGACCCGUACGAGCACGUGGCGUCCGUGCUGACUAACGUGACGCGACUCAAGGAGGGUCGCCAGCUGCUGCUGCAGCCAGGGCGGGGGCUGCUGGCGGCGCUGGUGUCGCAGCUGCAGUCGUGGAACGCGCUGCGGCGGCUGGGAGCCUCGGGGGCGAUCAAGAACUGCAUCAUGUCGGCCGAGGACGAUGGUACGCUGGACGCGGUGCUGGAUGAUAAGUCGUUGCUGCCGCACAUGCUGCGGCCCAUCAACGGCCAGGAGCCGCUGGAGAAGGAGGACACGGUGCGCGAGUGCAUGGCUGAGGCGGUGCUGAUGCUGGCGGGCACAGAGCGGGGGAGAGACGCGCUGUGGGAGGCCGGCGCGCCUGAGGCCCUGCGGAAAGGUUACGAGGACGAGGCGCACGCAGGCGUUUGCGUGGCAAUGGAGCGGACAGCGGAGAUCUUCCUGUCCCACAGCACCAUUGACAGCGGCAUGAGCGCGCCCGUUGUGGGCGCUUCGUCGGCGGCUCGGCAGGAGCACGAGACGGGAGCAGCGCGGCAGGCUCAGGUGCAGAUUGAGGAGGAGAAGGAGUAGCUGCCGCUGGCAGCGUGUGCAUGGACCAGUUUUGGGUUGGGUGCGGGUGUCUUCUUGGUGGGUGUGUCUGUCGGUUGUGGCAGGGGUGCUUGGGUGAAGAGACUGUACAAAGGAUGAUGAGGAUGCGCAUACAAGGGCGGCGCGCACAGCCGGUGGCGAGUUUAGGCGAGGUGGGUCUGCAGCCUGCGGCGACUGACCCCGCCUGCUCGCCAGGAGCGUGCUGGGUUUGGAUCCGGCCACUUGGCACGUCUUGUGCGCCGUCGGCGCGUAUUAUCGGUCAGUUUGUAAUCAAAUUUGUGC